AUGCCUGCGCUGUCCCACCUGCUCUUUCCAGAAACUGUGAUUGAAAAAGGGUAUUACAGUGUAUAUCUAACAGGUACUGAAUACAGUGGUCGAGCGGAAAUAAACCUUGAUGGAUCCCUGAUCAUAAGAAAUGUCACUGUUUGGGACCGAGGAGUCUACAUGGUAGUAGCCAUACUUCCAAAUUCACGAAAAGAAUUAGGAUUUGGACCACUAAAUGUAUACCGGCAAGUAAGGGUGCCCACACUCUUAGCCAGCAACACCACAGUCACAGAGAAUGAGGAUGCUGUUGUCAUGACUUGCCACACAUAUGCGAGCUCCACCAAUUGGUUAUUCAAUUCUACGAGUCUGCGGCUCAGGGAGAGAAUGAAGCUAACAAAGGACCGCAGAACCCUCCUCAUAGACCCUGUCAGGAGAGAGGAUGCAGGGAGCUACCAGUGUAAAGUCUCCAACUACUUCAGCUCUGCUGAAAUCUUCCUCUUAACCUUCUGGAUCCCGCCCACCACUGCGCGAUUUGAGAUUGUCAUGACCAGUGCUCUUGAAGGGCAAGAUGUGAUUCUACGUACCAAAAAUAGGCCUCUAGCUGUUUCAGGCUUUGUUUGGUACAGGGGAAUAGAGAUGAACUACUAUACUCUUAUUGCAUCUCUUACAUUGCAUUCAAGGCGAUCUCUAAGAGGGCCCGAAUACAGUGGUCGAGAGACAGUAAACCUUGAUGGAUCCCUGACCAUAAGAAAAGUCAAUGUGUGGGACCUAGGAAUCUACAUCGUAGUAGCCGUCCUUCAUAAUUCACAAAAAGAAAUUGGAUUUGGACGGCUCAAUGUAUACCGGCCAGUGAGUGUGCCCAUACUCCUAGCCAGCAACACCACAGUCACAGAGAAUGAGGAUGCUGUGGUCAUGUCCUGCUACACAGAUGAGAGCUCCACCAACUGGUUAUUCAAUGCUACGCGUCUGCGGCUCAGGGAGAGGAUGAAGCUGUCCCAGGACCACAGAACCCUCACCAUAGACCCUGUCAGGAGAGAGGAUGCUGGGAACUACCAGUGUAAAGUCUCUAACCCCGUCAGCUCCACUGAAAGUUCACCUGUAGAGUUAGAUGUCAAGGAGACCUGUGGAGGGUACCUGGACACUUGUGACAAUGGGAAUAGACAAGAGAACACCUAUGUGAGAUGCAACAGUGACUUUGAUUCCCUGUUUGACUUCUCCCAAAAAAUUAUUAAUGCCUUCUGGAUCGUUGAGGAAGAGUGGGAGCUUAACCUGGAUGGGGACAUUUAA